AUGAUUCCUGGGGAGAAGAAAGCCACUUACCGGAUCUUGUCUCUUCAUGGGAUCGGUACCAAUAGCGAGAUUCUCGAGCUUCAGACCUCGCCUUUGCGCUACCAACUCGGCCCCGAGUACGAGUUCACCUUCGUAGAUGGAGCCCACCCCUGGCCAGCUGCGGCCGGUGUAGAAUCGGCCUACGGUGAUGCCCUCGCACGUAACUGCUUCAGCUAUUACGACGGAACGGCGAGCAGCGCCGUGGAUGCGGUGCGCGAUCUGGCGUCGUACAUCUGCGAGAAUGGGCCAUAUGAUUGCGUUGCUGGGUUCUCGCUGGGUGCCAGUAUGAUUGCAACGCUGCUCUUCUGCCAGGACCCUGAUCCAGAACUGCAAGAGGCCAAGUCAAUGAUCAAGUCGGUUGUCUUCCUGUGCGGGAUCUUGCCGCAGAGGUGGGAGAGCCUAGAGAGGGGUGAGAUGGAGGAGAUUAGGCCAGGGGACGUACCGCCUCACGAGAUACUCAGCAUCAGGGCAGUCCAUGCAUGGAGCCCCCAGGAUAUGCAAUAUGCCAAGCAGGGAGAGAUGUUGGCAGGCCUGUUCGCCGGUCCUUGGAGUCUAGAGCUCACCCACAGUGCAGGGCAUUCAGUGCCACGGGAGACCAGUGAGGUAUUAGCCCUAGCUGAAGCCGUCAAACGAAUGGUGGCCGAAUGA